CUUUGUUCUCCGAAAGUGCAGUUGGGAACUGAACAAGUCAAAGGCCUGGAUAAACAAAAUUACUCGACAUGGAAAUCUACCUCGCAAGGUCAAACACCCUCAGGUUUCUCCUGGUUGCAGCACUACUCGUUGCUUUUCAGGUUCCGACUUCAGCUGGUCCUGGUGGAAAGGUUUCACUACUUCUCAAAAGUUUCUCAAAUCCAUCAAAUAAAGACUUGAACGGAGAUUGUUGUGAACCAUCUUGUAGGAGUUGUGACUAUUACUUGGAAAUUUGUCUGAAACAAUCUGUUGGCGGAUCUUGUUUGGUCUCUGCGACGACAAAUACAUAUCAUGACACCAAGCAUGUUGUCUUUGGUGCAAACGAAGGCUUCUAUCGUGGAGGAAGAAACCCACUGAUAUGGAGUUUCUCUUCGUGGAAGGGUUCGUUCGUGGUAAGUGUCAAAGCCAUGGAUUAUGAUCCACUAUCAUCGGAUGACAUGAUAGACAGAUACGAAAAGAAAGUCACCGUCAUUCCUAGUUCAUGGACUUCCUCCAAGAAUUGGCGGGAAAUCACUUUGGGUGGUAACCCGUCUACGACUGUUUUGCAAUACACAGUCCAGUGCAGCAAAGAUUAUUAUGGUCCUAGUUGUACCACGCUUUGUAUAGAGCGCGAUGACAACAUAGCAGGUCAUUACACGUGCGAUAAAACUACUGGUCAUAAGGUUUGCCGCGUUGGAUGGUAUGGUGCCAGCUGUAAGGUAUACUGUAUACCUCACGAUGACAACACAAACGGACACUACACAUGCGAGCCAGGGACAGGAAGAAAGAUUUGUCUUUAUGGAUGGUAUGGACUCAGCUGUAAGGUACACUGUGUCCCAAGGAAUGACUCGCUGGCGGGUUAUAAUUGCGAUUCCCAGGGACAAAAAAAUUGUUUGCAUAACUGGUAUGGCAAAAAUAAAUGUACUGUUUAUUGCAAACAGACCAACGAUUCUAAGGCUGGCUACAUGUGUGACUCAAAUGGAAACAGGAUGUGUUUACAAGGCUGGUAUGGACCUUCAUGCGAUUGCAAAGCAAGGAACGACUCUUCCAUGGGUUACACCUGUAAUAUUACAACCGGAAGAAGAAUCUGCCUUGAGGGAUGGUUCGGCGACUAUUGUGACAUUUUCUGUUCCCCAAGAAAUGAUUCAGCAGGUCAUUACAUUUGCAACAGUGGCACUGGAGCUAAAGAGUGUCUGCUCAACUGGUAUGGAGAAAACUGUACUGUUUACUGCCAAUCUAGGAAUAAUUCUAUUGGUCAGCACGAGUGCACUGUAAAUGGGAGUAAGCUGUGUGCACGUAACUGGUAUGGACCCAACUGCACAAUUUAUUGCGCCUUAAGAGAUGAUCAGACGGGUCACUUCACUUGUCACCCAAAGACAGGACGGAUGAUUUGUAAUCCGGGCUGGUAUGGUGGCAAUUGUACUACUUUCUGCGUUCCUCAAGAUAGUGAUUGGUAUGGGCAUUACAAUUGUAACAAGAUCGAUGGAAGUAAGAUGUGUCAUAGUAACUGGUAUGGAGCUCAGUGCUCUACCUUCUGUUCUCCUCAAAAUAACUCGGACGGGCAUUACAAGUGCGAUAAGAGAAAUGGCAGCAAGAUUUGCUUGGAUAACUGGUAUGGAACCGAGUGCAAAUCUUUUUGCAAGGCAACAAACAAUUCAGAAGGACACUACCGUUGUGCGAUAGAGGACGGGACCAAGAUUUGUGACCGGAGCUGGUUUGGACAAAACUGCACCAUUUAUUGCACAGCGAGAAAUGACUCUCAAGGGCAUUACGUAUGCGAUCCUCGCGACGGUAGCAAGAUGUGUCACCGGGGCUGGUUUGGUCGAAAUUGCUCAAUGCAUUGUGUACCCAGCAACAACUCUAAGGGACAUUACGACUGUAGGUCUGAGGAAGGUACAAAGAUAUGUCACCAAACUUGGUAUGGCCCUAACUGCUCCACUAAUUGUAUCCCUAGGGAUGACUCCGUCGGCCACUAUAGUUGUGAUGCCACCAAUGGAAGCAAGGUAUGUAACUUGCAUUGGUAUGGACCUAACUGCACUGCAUUUUGCAAGGCGCAAAACAACAACGAAGGGCAUUACACGUGUGAGGAGGACACCGGCCAAAAACUGUGUUUGAAAGGUUGGCAAGGAGAAGCGUGUCUUCAAAAAGUUAUAUCUACAUCUCACCCAUCUAUAAGGACUCCUACGUCAUUGUCGUCUUUCCCGACCGGAAAGAAAACCACAGACCACAUUAUUACGACUGCGUUCUUCCCUCAGACCGAGAUGUCAACUACGGAGUCGACUGAAGAAAAUAGCGCUGUGGAAAAGGAAAGUAGAAAGGCAGAUGAGGAAGGAUGGUUGACUAAAACGCGGAUCGGUUUGAUCACUGGAGGCUUUGCAUUACUACUGUGUAUAUGUGCCAUAAUUAUGAUAGCUAUGCUAAGUUGCAGGCCAAAAGCCAAGCGAGUUCCCUAUUUUAGACAAAAAAAUGAAACACAGAUGCAUUCAUCAGAAAGACGAGCAAGUGGUAGAGUAAACCCAUUAGCAGACGAUAUCCUGACGCAAUAUGAAAUGAACGAAAUGUUCUUCAAGGUUCAACAAGUCUCUUGGAUUGAAGACGGCUCAAGACAAGUAGACGACCACCUGGUGAUGUACAAUAAUCCACUUUUUGCUCCACGAAAACAAAAACCCAAGUGCGGUACCAGUGACAAACAACUAAAACUUGACAACGAUUGGAAUGUUGUGUUUGAUUUGUGAACAAAAGGGUAAAAUUGACAAGUUGACAGAAGUUGUAAAUUUAAUUCCAUAUGAAAUCGAGCUUCAGGUAUAAAAAUAGCCGUAAAGGCGGACAAGUGACACCAGGAAACAGAUUGCUCUUAUGUAUAAUAAAAUCACUGGUGAGAUUUCAUACAAAUGAAAGGUCAGAAAAUUGCGUCUGAAAAUUGCUCAUCUACGAGUCGAAAUUUCAUUAUGAGGGGCUAAACGUGCCUUUGAUCUGAGAUUCUAGAUUACAACCUUGUAGACGAAUCUCCUUUUUUUGUCAAAAAUGUCUGAAAUUUCUUCGCAGUGAGAACUCAGGCCGCAGGAGCCACGCUAACCUGUCAACACAUUUAUUUAUAAAUCAAUUUACAUUUCCGUUUGUUUGGUCAUUAGGAAGUUUCGAGACCACUGUUGCAGAUCUUGAAGUAACCAGACUCUUCAUGUUAUAAAGUCUGGAAUUGGCUAUUGGUCCCAUAAAAUCGGGUCCACGCGUGAUUUUAGGAUGAGUACUCUCUGCUACUUGAGUGCUUGAAUCCUGCAGGGAUCUAAAACUAAUUAUACAUCUAUUGUGGAAGAAAUUAAAGAAUGCUUUUUUCUUUUAGGAAGGAUUCGUUUUCAAUCAGUCAAGUUUAAAGAGUGUUAAGCCGGAAUUCUUUGAGAAUUCUCUAGAAGUUGUAUUUGUUUACCAAAGCAUAUCAACUACUCUUUCAGCACUCAACUUUUGGAGCGAUCUUUCCAAUAUCCAUUUACUAUAAACGGAUGAACACCUUGUAACAAGAGGAGAGGCAUUAAACAUAGGC